CACGGUGUGUAUUGAAGGGUGAACUUCUCCAAAGACAAACGACAUUAGCUAUAGAGCUUGUCACUAGAUAUAUCUCUCUGAUUAUUACAAUUAUUAUAAUCAUGAGCAAUUCUUUAAUGCACUGGCUUUUACUACCAACACGGCUGAGCUUAUGGAUCCUCUCUUUGGUCUAUUACAUUGUGGUGUAUGGCACAGCUGGAAUUACAGCUUGUUUGGUUUUGAUCCGGAUCGCCUGGACUGGAUUUAAGGAUCCAUAUGGAACUUUUCAAUGGACCGUCCGAAAGAAACCCCCAGCCUGUCUUCAAGACCCUGAGCUUGGUGACCAUGCAUUUCUGAAGGGCAGGAGCUCAGGUUUGAGGUUUCAUUAUGUGACAAAAGGAGACCACAAAAAGCCACUAAUGCUGUUCCUUCAUGGAUUCCCAGAGAACUGGUACUCGUGGCGUCAUCAGCUCCUGGAGUUCAGCGGUGAUUUCCACACGGUGGCGCUCGACCUCCGCGGCUGCGGGGCUUCAGACGCACCUGUCCGGCUGGAGGAGUAUUUACUGGAGACGCUCCUGUACGACAUCAGAGACACCGUCGUCCAGCUGGGCCACACCAGCUGUAUUUUGGUGGGUCAUGACUGGGGUGGGAUGCUGGCGUGGCAUUUUGCCCUGGAGCGGCCGGACAUAGUGCAGCUCCUCAUAGUGAUGAACGCCCCUCAUCCUGCGUCAUGGCUGGAUGCAGUUUUGAGAAGACCAUCUCAGCUGCUGCGAUCAGGACAUGCCUGUUUUUUUCAGCUACCACUGCUGCCCGAAUUUGUUUUGUCUCUUGAGGAUUUUAAGUUGGUUCGAAGUCUAUUUUGUGGCAAGAAUGUGGGCAUCAGGAACAGAUCCAGAAGACUGACGGAGAGCCAGCUGGAGGGUUACCUGUAUCCGCUGUCCCAGCCUGGAGGUCUCACAGCCCCACUCAACUACUUCCGCUCUCUCUUGAGUAACACUCUGUACAAGCACCAGGACGUCUCUGUGCCCUGCAUGUUAAUUUGGGGAGAAGCAGACAACAUCCUGGUAGAGGGCAUGUCUGGAGGGACACGGCCUUAUGUGAGAGGUCCGGUCACCAUUCACACUAUUCCCGAAUGCAGCCACUGGGUUCAACAGGAUCAGCCUGAGAUAGUCAACAAACUUAUAUGGGACUUUGUUCUGGAUAAAGACAUCAUAAAACACAAUAGCUAAUCUCUUUCAUUUCAUCUGGAGCAAUGAAGAGUUAUUGGCUCUAACAAAGGUUUCUAUGCAGCUUUUCAUUGGUGUGAAUAAAGACUUGCCUUUCGUCAGGGGCCAAGCUCAGUUAGUCGUCUUCAAUUUCAGCUCUUCAAGUCUCUGGCAGGGCAUAGAACAGCAAUUUAGGAUUGUCCAAGUCAAUCUCUCCAGAACUGUUCAUCGGUUGCACUCACGUUUGUCCUUCUAGAAACAUCUUUUUUCCCUCUGAUUUCGUUGCUUGAAUGUCCAAAUGUCCUAUGAUGAUGAAAAUGAUACAUAUUGACGAAACUAAUGCAGUGCAUCAAAGUGGAGGAUAUAUCUGUAGAAUGAUUUUUGUAGUGUAUUCAGAUCAGGUUUGGUGUGUUAUGACGUCCAUAAGCAAAAGUUAACUGCACAUUGUUGGCACAGCACCAACUAGUGGUGACCAUAUGACAAAAUAAAAUUGGGUGUACAAUUCA